AGAGCCUCUUUUAUCUCCUUUUGCUUUAUUUCUUUUUACACGGAAAAAGAGGGGAGUGCGCCAUUCCUCGAUCCCCAUAAGGAGGAACUUAACGUAAAAAAUAAAACAGAGGGAAUUGUUUGAUAUCCAGGACUUCUUGGAAAUGUCAGGGAAACUCGAAGAAGAGCGACAACGGUGACGAGGCUGCCUUAUAAGUUCCAUUCUUUCCCGUUACGAAGCAAGUCGGAAAAAAUUAAUCUCGGGUAGGAAAGUAUGGGGUAUGUUCAUGGGCAUGUUCUUAAAAAUCAGCAAUUACUCUAAGCUCAAAAAUUAAAAUUUGACAAGUUUUUUGAGUAGGCAAACGGUUCCUGUGACUCAUCACGCAAUCUUUGGCGAGAAAAUUUUAGGUUGCGUCACGAGCUAGUUUACAACAACCUCGUUCCCAAGUUGAGUAGCUUGAACCCAGCCUUUCUCGAAGUCUCCUUGCAAGAGUUUGACCAAAGUAAACAAUUCAGCAUUGGAAGCUUGCAGUUUCUACAUUCAGGUAGAAAUAAUCAUCUUGCACGAUGUUUAACGUGUUUUUGUACGUGACUGGUGCCUUAAUCGUGCUAUCGCUAGUUCUUCUACUUGGUUUUGCGGUGUAUUUGACGAACGUAAGACGUAAAUUUGCCCACAUCCCAAGUCCGCCGAUGGCCAGUUUUUUCAAGGGUCAUGCAGAUGAGAUAACUGCAAUGCGUCAUACAGGAUUUCCUACUGAUCAAAAGUUUUUGGAAUGGCAUAUUGAAUAUGGUAAGAUCCUUGUUGUCUGGUUCUGGCACGUACCUGUUCUGCUGGUUGCUGAUUCAGAGAUGGUUAAGGACAUCUACAUAGUCAAGAAUCUGCCAAAAGAAGAGGUGUCUUAUGAAGUGCUGGCCCGUCUCUUUGGGCAGAGAUUUCUUGGCACAGGAUUGGUUACCAAUGUGGACAAUGAGUCCUGGAAGAAAAGGCGUGUCAUACUGAACCCAGCCUUUCAUCGCAAGAGCCUUAAAGAUCUGAUGGACUCUUUCAACUCCACUGCCAAUAUUUUACUUGAACAUCUCGGCACAAUGGCUGAUGGAAAAACAGAAGUUUGUAUGUGCGAUCAGUUUGCCCGUGCAGCUUUAGAUGUCAUUUGCAAGGUCGCCUUCGGAAUGGACAUUGACAUCAUCAAUGCCAGAGACACCAAAUUUACUGAGGCUGUUUCAUUGACUUUUCAUGGAGUGGAAGAAGCAUCUUUUGACCUGUUUCACAAGUACAAGGUUAAUCAAUACCCAUUUCAGCGGCGCGUGGUGAAAGCUAUCCAGUUCUUGCGUGAAACAGGAAGGAAAGUCAUCGAAGUGAGAAAGAAUGCAAUGAAGAAAGGAGAAGAGGUCCCGGAUGAUAUAUUACAGCAUAUUAUUAAGCUACAAGAUCAAAAUCCUGAUUUUGGGAUGGAAGACGUGCUGGAUGACUUUGUUACGUUCUUUAUAGCUGGUCACGAGACUACAGCCACUUUGUUGUCGUUUUGUGUUCUUGAGCUUGGAGAUCAUCCUGAGAUAUUGGAGAGUUUGGUUGGAGAGGUGUUUGACGUGCUGGGAGAUAAACAGAAUGUUGCGUUCGACGACCUGGCUAAACUGCACCAGCUAGGACUGGUGAUAAAGGAGACUUUACGUCGUCAUCCUCCUGCCACCGGCCUUUUACGAAAGAUAACAAAGGAUCAAGAAAUUGGAGGAUACAAAAUGCCCGCUGACGUCGCCAUUUUGACUAGCACUUAUGUCUCCAGCCACUUUCCCGAGUAUUGGACCAACCCAGAGGAGUUUGAUCCCUACAGGUUCGAUGACGAAGAACUAGUCAAGAGAUCUCAUUAUAACUAUUUUCCGUUUUCUCUUGGACCACGUAACUGCAUUGGACAGCACUUCGCGCAGAUCGAGGCCAAGGUUUUAUUGUCACGCUUUCUCCAGACGUUCAAGUUUUCUCUCGUGCCUGGUCAGUCACGCAAGAUUCUUGAAAGAACCACGCUACGCCCUAAGGAUGGCGUGAUCUGUACCCUGACUAAACGGCAGUAGAAACAUCACGGACAAUGUCUGAUUGAACCCCUGGGAGGGGGGCGGGGGGAACUCUCAGAAAAGUUGGGUGAGGGGUGUACGGCACACUUCCCAAAACCCUUACCCUAUUAAUAUUUAUGACCAAAAUCUGCGAUUUUUGCUCCCCUAUUUAUGACGUGACGAAAACUCCAAUACCCAAUUUAUGAUCGUUGCGGCUGGCACAGUUGCCCUAAACAUAAGUUAUAACAUAAAUUAUGAAGGGCUUUUGUAGAUGGCCUUAUUGAUAAUGAUGAAAAAAGUAGCUUCUUCUAAGAAUCAUAGCCAAUUCAAGACUAGAAUGCAAAAACCAUGCUCUAUUUACGACUAGAAAUGGCCAAAAUCGAUACCCUAUUUAUGACCAAAACGGCUGGAAAACCCUACCCUUUGGGGCCGCACAUACCUAUAUAGCCCACAUAAAGGAGUACCCCUCCCCCGGAUUAAACUUUCUUUAUGGAGCAAGCAAUAAAGUAGUCAUGGAACCAACCAAUGAUUCACUGAAAGCAGAUAUAAGUAUUUAGUGAUACUACAAAUUUUCCUUACUGUUACAUGUAAGGUCACGUACGGGUAUUGCUUGUUCUAUGAGUUGAGAAAAUAGUCUACCCACAUACACUAUUUUCCGGCCGCCAUAUUGUUGUACCACAGAGGAACGAAUAUCUCAACUUUGGGACAACGCACACUCC